CUGAUAUUUAAAAAAAAUCAUUUUGCAGGUGAUUAUGUCACAUUUGUGGCAGCACUGUAUAAUUACUUGCGGAAAUUACAUUACCUAGGGCGCAAUUUCAGUGGUGCAGCACAUGUGGAGGUGUGGUUCGGUGGUACCAGGAUGUCCGUAUCCGAGCUGCUCUAUAUUGUUGCUGAGGAAUUCAAUGUCUCUCCCAAAAUGCUUUACGAAGUGUUACACGAUUUGGACGACAUAAUAACAGAAGCGACAGAUCCGAAGUUGCAAAAUAAUAUUGAAGAAGUUGAAAAUCGUCGUCAGGAUCGAAUUUCGCGCAGUGAAAGUCGCGCGGGUGAAAAACGGACGAAAAAGGGAGUGAGAAGAGUGGAAGUGAAGGAUUCGGAAAAUCCUGAACAUACACAUGUGAUGAUUAAAGUUGAUUCGGACAAAUACUUAAAUACAAUUCCGGCAGACCAGCGAGAUAAUGUUAUACAAGCACUUGGCAUGUUCCAUCACGUGCUCAAGACGAAAUCAAAUUUGAGCAAGCGACGCUCGUCAUCUGCAUCGGCCAAGUUGCGCAUGGUAAAGCACAGCAACCAGACAGUCUAUUAG